UAAAGCAGUCAGUAACGAGGUGUAAUACAAGAAGAAUUACAAUUCAAGCAAAAAGAAAACCAAACAAUCGAAAUGAAUGCAAUUAAUCUGAAUUUUCUUUUGAUUUUGGUGGUUGGAUCAGCUUUCGCUUUUGAUUCAUAUUUACCGAACGCCAGACAUCCAGACGUACCAGACAAAUGCUACUUGAAAGUAACCGGUGACUUUGUGGAAUUCGGUGAAACCCUUAAACCAAUCGGAACCGAAAGAUGUGCCCAAUAUACUUGCCGGGAUGAUUUUGUUUUCCUCGUCAACCAAUGUUCCCGAUACAUGGUACCAGAAAAUUGCGAAGUUUUGGCACGAGAUUCAAGCCAAGCAUACCCAGAUUGCUGUCCAAAGUUGAGAUGCGUUGAUGAAAAUGGGAACGUAGAUAUUCGUAACACCAGCGGUUAGGGUGAAAUAGGAAAAGGGGAACGUUAAUUAUAUAUUCUGUUGAUUGAAUUAGUUGAAAUUAAUAAAGCUAAUUGACUAGUUGCAAAGAUUUCAUU